CACCAUUGAUAUUUUAUUACACUACAUAUAUGCUUAGGAAUAUUCUUAACAAUGCAGAGGUACAAGAUAUUAGUACUAACACUCUACAAGGAGUAAUACCAGCAGAAGCUUUUGGUGUAGUAAGCUCAGAGGGGAAGACAAUGGAGAAACCAUCAACUGUGUCUCUCUCUCAUGGCGCGGUUUCGGUGAUCGGACGUAGGAGAUCCAUGGAGGAUGCAGUGACGGUGGUUCCGGCUAAUGACCAUGACCUUGAUCAACAUCUCAAUUACGAUUUUUUUGGUGUGUAUGACGGAAACGGGGUGGCUUACAGGGUGACUCAGAAGUGUAAGGAGAGACUUCACCACGUGGUGGCGGAGCAAUUUGCAGUUUUGGGGGCUGAGCAGUGGGAGAAUGUGAUGGCUACUAGCUUUGCUAGGAUGGAUGAAGAGAUUGCCCGGGAUGAGUGUAGUAUUGGUGUAAGAGGGCCCACUAUUGUGUUAGAUGAGUUGGUAGGGUCCACUGCAUUGGUUGUUUUGGUGGGCUCACAGGAAAUUGUGGUGGCGAAUUGUGGAGAUUCGAAGGCGGUUUUGUCUUGUGACGGCAACGUCCUCACUUUAUCAAGUGACACUAAGCUCACAAGACAAGCUGAAAAUGUAAGGAAUUUGGAAUCAACCGCUGUAUCAGGAGAUACAAAAAAUGUGAAGCCAAAUGUGAUUUCAACACCAGAAGUAAGAGUGCACAAGCGCACCAAAACAGACAAUUUUCUAGUGAUUGGUAGCGAUGGGUUAUGGGACGUAGUCGGCGUUGAGACUGCUUGUGAUAUUGUAAGGAAGUGUUGUUCAGGUGAAGUUUUAAGUAAAAGGGUAGGCGUAAUAGGAAACUGUGCAGCCGCUUCUGCGGCCAUGCUGGUGGAGUUAGCGCUUGCUCGCAAAAGCAAAGAUAACAUCAGUGUCAUUGUUGUCGAACUGCAACAUGUUAACAAUGCUAAUACUAGCACGCAAUGUACUUGACUACAAUUUUGGUGUUGCUUUACGAGCUCAAAAACAAUUUUCCAUCGUGCAAUCGAGUAUGAGCUUGAAUUUUGCCUCAAAAUCAAAAUCCUAUCCUUGCUAGUUUCAGUAAGAUCUGUAUCAGAUGUAGUGAUUUAGUUGUUUUUGGUCUAGAUGCAUUAGUGUGCAACAUAGUUUGUUUUAGUGUCUUCUUAUAGGGAUUGUUGUUAAUGGUGACUCAAACUAGCAAGAACCAUUUAAGAAGAUGAGUAUGGGUCAAAGAGGAGGUCCGCGAGGCGCGGAGAAGCUGCUGCUUCAGUCCGCGGGGCGCGGAGAAGCUGCUGCCUCAGUCCGCGGGGCGCGGAGAAGCUGCUGCCUCAGUCCGCGGGGCGCGGAGUGUGUUAUGUCUCCAUUUCGCGGCUCGCGUAGUUGUACACAGCAUGCGAAAUGACGGUUUCUUUUCACGGGAGGUGUCUUUUGGAACGGUUACUUUAUGUUUAUUAUGUAAUAACUUCCUUUUAUUGGGCAUUAGUAUAUAAACUCCCAUUUUGGGAAUAAUACAUGAUGAUUCACAAAAAUUGAGAGAGAUCAUAAG